ACAGCGUCGCUGGCUUUGCUACGCUGCGAGUUCUAAACUGUCUUCGCUCGCCUGGGUUCCGCUGUUUGUCUUCUGGGUUUUUUGCUCCGUGCAGUGCAAUAGAAGUCCACUGACACUUCAGAGGUGUUUGAUGCCAUCAUCAUCAGGGCGAUAUGAAAUGCCGGUAAGCUUCUAUUUCACUGCACGGAGCAAUAACCCAGAAUACAGCCAUAAUUAAAUAUUGCCCUUGUUAUACAACACAGUGGAACCUCGAUAUAACGCGGGUUUCGGCGGACAGGUUCAGUACCCGCGUUAUAUGUAAAAUGUGUAAAACAUAUGUAAUCUUAUUGGGAGACAUGAUCACAGUCGCGAUAUAACGAGGUUCCACUAUAUUUGCUUAAUAUUUUAAACUAGAGAUUACGUGACAUUUAGAAGGUUCUUGUGACUGGUAAUAUUAAUUAUGGCAGAAACGAAACACUGCAAGGUUUCAACUCAAGUGAUAACACUACUAGCAGAUAAUAGCCCAUGGUUACGUAUUAAAAUUGUCAGUUCGGUCUGUAGUUUCACUAUGAAAACAGGUACAGUCUUAUUAUGGACUGUUGUUCAUCUAAUAAACGUACAAGCAGAUACAGACUGCGGAGUCGAGCUGGUUCCACAGGGUCGGAUAGUGGGAGGAGAAGACGCAGAUGGAUACAGAUUACCGUGGUACGCACUCUUGCAUCCCCCGGAAGAUAAAACGACCCCAAUAUGCUCAGGAACACUUAUCGACAGCCACCAUGUAAUAACUGCUGCUCACUGUUUUGUCUUGAUGAAAGGGGACAAUAAUACAUCCAAAUUUAGUGUAACUCUAGGAAUAUACAACAGAUGUAUGAACGAGUCCACCCAACAGACGUUCAUGGUUUCCAGUGUCGUUCUGAACCCAAACUUUACGACUUCAACCGACAGCUAUGAUAUCGCCAUCAUAACGUUGAAUCAAACUACAAACUACACGCCCAUUUGUCUUCCCGGCAAAGGUAAAGAGAUGCUACGAGUUUUUGUGUUGAUAAUUUAUUAUAAAUUCCGUGCAUUAUUUAAAUGUUUCAUCUGAACUGUUUAUCAGACUCUGAGGAGAUAGCAAAAAACAAGAUGUGUGGCCUAAAAUCGUCUGAUUCAGGAGAAGGAUCUAUGGUGGGAUUUUGUGAAAGAAACUGAACAAGUACAAGAAUGUAAAUAUUUAAAACAUUUCAUAAUCGCAAGUGGCUACGGAGACUUUAACAAUUAAAGUAAAAUAUUUACGUGGGUAAGUGAAAUAAUUCAUAGACUGGUAAAGAAAAGUACGGUACGUAUUUUAAAUGAAACAAAACCAUAAGUAAAGAAGCAGUAGUUAAGGCCCUUAAUUGAAUGUACAGCUCUAGACAAACACGGGAUUCUACAGGUAAUCAUGGCAGUCAAGGUAGUCCCGUUUUUAACCAAAACUGGAAUGUAUCUACAAAUAUGUGCAAAACCAUCUAGUAUGAAAUUUCACGAGAAUUUGUUCAGUUGUCCUCGAGUUGUCACACGCGGGCUGACGGACGGACAGACAGACCUGGCAAAGGUAAUAUGCGUAAUUCUGCAUAUUUUAGUUUUAAAUGCGCCUAACAACUGAUAGGCUUAUUGUAAUACAAUAAAGGUUGAUAUCGCAACCAUAGUUGGAUUAAGCUCUAUUAGUAAGAACAGGAAGAAUGGGUAAUACUUAUGACCGAAGAGAUCACGGAAUUGCAAACCUAAAGGGCAAGAAUUAGAGGAAGGCUAAGAAACGUUGUAUAUAAAUAUAUUAACCGAAUUAUUUCUACAUUUGUUAUCAAGGAUAAAAGAUGUUAAUUCUGAAUUUAUAUAUCGCCUGGUGAGAACAAUAGUGACGUAACUCAGAAAUCGCCGAUUUUGAGUUAUAUCCAUAAAUAGACUUGGAACAUUCACCUUUAAAUCAUGCAUAAGCGGCGGAAGUGUAGGUC